AUGAACUUGUAUAAAUAUUCACACUAGCUUAUCAAACCCCCAAACCAGAGAGCCAACGAAGGCCUUCAAGCUCCUCUAUCAUCCUAGCUUUCACCCUUCCUCUUCUUGUUUUGCUUUUCUCUGAAAAUGUCUUUGCUCACUGAUCUUAUCAACCUCAACCUCUGCGAUAUCACUGACAAAAUUAUCGCCGAGUACAUAUGGGUUGGAGGAUCUGGUAUGGAUGUUAGAAGCAAAGCCAGGACCCUUCCUGGACCAGUAAGUGAUCCUUCAAAACUGCCCAAAUGGAACUAUGAUGGUUCUAGCACUGGCCAAGCUCCUGGCGAAGACAGUGAAGUCAUCCUAUACCCACAAGCAAUCUUUAGGGACCCAUUUAGGAGAGGAAACAACAUCCUUGUUAUAUGUGAUGCUUACACACCAGCUGGUGAGCCAAUUCCAACUAACAACAGGUCUAAGGCUGCAAAGAUCUUCAGCCAUCCUGAUGUUGUUGCUGAAGAACCCUGGUAUGGCUUAGAGCAAGAGUAUACUCUGUUGCAGAAGGAUGUACAAUGGCCAAUUGGGUGGCCUCUGGGUGGAUUUCCUGGUGCUCAGGGACCUUACUACUGUGGUAUUGGUGCUGAUAAGGCCUUUGGCCGUGACAUUGUAAAUUCUCACUACAAAGCUUGUCUUUAUGCUGGCAUCGACAUCAGCGGCAUCAAUGGUGAAGUUAUGCCCGGUCAGUGGGAAUUCCAAGUUGGACCUACAGUUGGCAUUGCUGCCGGAGAUCAGUUAUGGGCAGCGCGUUACAUUUUGGAGAGGAUCACUGAGAUAGCUGGAGUGGUGGUCUCGUUUGAUCCGAAACCAAUUCCGGGUGACUGGAACGGUGCUGGUGCUCAUACUAAUUUCAGCACCAAGUCGAUGAGAAAGGAGGGAGGCUAUGAAGUGAUCAAGAAGGCAAUUGAGAAGCUUGGAUUGAAGCACAAGGAACACAUUGCCGCUUAUGGCGAAGGCAAUGAGCGCCGUCUCACUGGACGACAUGAAACAGCAGACAUUGACACAUUCUUAUGGGGUGUGGCGAACCGUGGAGCUUCGAUAAGAGUUGGGAGGGACACCGAGAGAGAAGGAAAGGGCUAUUUUGAGGACCGGAGGCCAGCUUCUAACAUGGAUCCUUAUGUUGUCACCUCCAUGAUUGCUGAAACUACAGUUCUCUGGAAACCAUAGAAGAAUAACAUUACCAACCCAUAGCCAUUAUUAGUGGAACAAUGACUUGUCUGCCCUCUCUAUCGAACAGCUGAACAUUAUCUCAUGGUUGUGGAUUUAUGUGGUUACUAUUUAGAUAUCAAUUGUCUGAAUAAAUUGCUCUUCUUUCUUAGUAGCAUAGCUGAGUCGGCCCUGUAAAACAGAGUAUCCCUGCAUUAGUAGCAGAGUGAUCUUUGUUUCAGUGAUACAGUAACCCUUUUGUGGUUGUAGAAAUUCUCUGGCAUCGGAUAUCAUUAAUAAAAAAUAUGACAGCGAAAUUUUUAUUACCAUGAAUUACCUCAUUUAUGA